GUUGAAAAAAGUGCUGGCGAUCUGGCAGCACUGCAACUCGGAAUUAGUUCAACUGAACUGAAUCUCGGAAUCAGAUAACAAUUACUCUUUUUUAGACUUUCCUCCAGGAAUUUCUAAUUCGCAAAUAAAAAUAAACAAUAUAGGGAGAGAGUUCUACCCAUUGCCAAAAAAAUUCAAGUACAGUGAUAGCGAUCACAGCGGAGAAAACGUGACACGGAGCACGCAUAAAGCUAUAAAAAACGCAACAUCGCGCCUUCGCCUCUGCCUCCGCUUCCACCUCCGCCGCCUCUGAAAUCUUCCAGAUCGAAUUGGAAACAUUCCAAACCCAGGAGCUCGUGCUUUGGAUACAGCCUGUGCAGGUCGCGUCGCUUGGAUUAUGUCAUUUGUUUAUGGGCCAGACGCGAGGAAUCCAAAACUGAAUGUUGCAUCCGCGAGAGGCAGCGAAAACCUGUAAAAAUGUAGACUGUGUGCGUGUGCUGGUGUUAGUGUUAGUGGUAGUGCUAGUGUGUGUGUGUGUGUGAGCGGAUAAUGGACGUAUAAAAAUACGCGUAGAUAUAGAUAUAGUUGAGAUAUAUGUGAACGGGCAGGCAAUAUCUGCGCCGCAUCAUAAUAUCUCCCACCCCCGUUUUUCGGGGCGCCAGCGAUGCGGCAGGCCCCCCACCCAGAGUCGCGACUCUAGUUAGCAGCCCCGUCAGCGUCUAGAUCUGGUGAAGAUCUCGAGGAUCGUCCAAUGGCCGCCUUCAAUGCCAGCGCCAGCAGCAGUGCCGCCGCCGCAGCCGCCGAUGUCUUGAGCGCCACGACCACCGCCACGUUCCUGGUGCCCACAACGGGAGCCACCCAGGCGGGAGCUAUUUCUGUAGCUGGCACCCCGCACCACCACCUGCAAUUGGACCAGUUCGGUGGCUACUCAGCGGGUCACCACCAUCAGCAGCAGACCAACUCCUCGUACACCUUUGUGCAGAUAAAACGGGAACCCUGCCAGGUGUCAGAGAUUAGUUCCAACAAUUGCCAUCAGCAGCAAUCGCCGCAUCAGGCGGCCCAUCCGUCACAGCCCCAUCUUCAGGGGUCGGUCACAGCGUCGGCCACUUCCAAGACCAUGUCUUCGUCCACCCUUACUACUCUCGUCAAGAUCGAGGCGCCAUCGCCGAAGGUUACAGACCUGGAGAAGUCCUCAAACAACUCCGUGCCCAUUGGCAUCGCCGUGGCUAGGAAACGGCCGCAGGAAGCCCUAGUGCCAGCGCUAAACCCUCCUGCCACUCUUCCGCUGCAGCCACCACUCAACAAGGACAUGAACUGCUUUGGCAUACGAGUCGCAGACCUCGGAGCCACCAGUUGCGGCAAUCUGUACUUUACGGGCAACGGCGACCUGAUGACCACCGGCAGCACCACCGCCGAGGAGCUGGCCCUGAACCGAGCACCCUCCACAUUUUGGCAGUAUCCAAAUGCAUUACCCAUUGAAUCAGUGAUUUCCAUGUCGCCCGCCACGGUGGGCCUGCAGUACUCCCGGGAGGCUAGCCGUGGACCGGUGGUCCUCCUGCCGGCAGCCCCAGCAGCGCUCGGCAUAUCAAAUUUUCCCCUCUUAACGCCCACAGAUCCGUUCCAGCAGGCAGCGGCUGCGGCGGCCUUCGUCUGGCCCUCGGCCUAUAUUCCCCAAGCGCCCACGGCCGGAGGUCCUUCCGCCGCUGCCGCUGCAGCUGCCGCCGCCGCCGCCGCCUCGUUGCAGCCGUCGCAGCCGAACCUGACCAGUCUGUCCAAUCUGCCCAACCUGCCCAACUUUAUAUUCCCCUCGAUGGGCAGCCACCAGACUCUGGGCACCACGUCCUCGUACGCGUCCCCCUUGCAGCUUUACCUGGCGGCAGCGGCCACGGCCACGGCUACCGGCAGCUCCACGCUGUGCCACCACAGUAAUCAGCAGACCAGCACCACCACCACCAACUCAACCAUCAACCUAAGUCUGGCGGCGGGAUCGGGCGUGACAAACACCUCGAACGCGGCCAGCAGUAUGAGUUCCACCAGCAGUCUCAGUGCCAGCAGUUCCCGCUUCGUCAGUGUGCCCUCCGCAAUGGGAUCGCUCCUCCUGCCGCCGGUACCACACAUGAAGCUGGAGGACUAUUCAGCACAACCGCCGUUGCCCCUGGCCCUGCCUCCCUUGGUGCCGUUGGAAGCUGCGCGAGACAAGGAGCAGGCUCUCAACCUAAUGCGCCUGCCCACGCCGCCUACCUCGGCCACCAUGGAACCUACGGUGUUGCCUCAGACAACGCCACAUCCGCUCUUCCAGGCAGGCCCGGUGGCCACGCCCACACCAGCGUUGCUGAAUCUCUCGAUGCACGGCGCCAGUGGCGAUCUGCCUGCUGCCACAACGAUGCCCGACGAGGCAGCCCUCAACUUCAAGCUGCAUGCUCCGUUGACGCCACAGACGCCUCCGCGACUGGCGGAGAUUGCCGGGAACACGGCGAUAGGGCCGCAGAUGCAGGAUGUGAAUAUUCAGACGGAUACGCCGGUCUGCAGCGAAGAUGAGAGCAUUCCGGCUCCGUGUACUGGCCUGAAACAGCAGGAGACUACUAUAGACGCCAUUUCCAGUGCCCCCUCCCUGAGCCAGCCCUUGGAACUGACCAAGCCCAGUGAAAACAGCCAUACCCAGACGAUACCGAACGAGUGCCAUACCCAGACGGAACCCAGUGACAUACCCAGUGCCAGCCAGGCGGAGUCAGCUGAGCAGACUCCCCCGGAUAACCAUGAAACGAUUCCACCUUCUCAAGCUGUUCCCGAGGAUCUUACCGGCUUGGAGCUGCUCUCCAACAUCAGCACCAAUAGCACGCCGCUGGUGCGGGUCAAGAAGGAGCCGGUGGACCAUGUGGAGCCCCAGCUACAGCCGGAGGAAUCUACGCCGCCAUCACCUCCUCCACCUCCUGUCCUGCAAAUGAAUCCGCCUGCGCCCACUCCGGAGCCACUUGGAGGGCUGAAGUUGUUGUGCGCUCUGGCGGAGCAGCGUAUCCAGGAGGAGGUGGUGCAGGGCAGCAGCCUCUUUGCUACGCCCUCUUCCAGAACUCCCACUCCCACGCCGCAGGCUCUAGCAGCGAAUGCGACGACGCCACCGGGGCUGGAGCCGAAGUCCUGUUUUGGCUUUGGAAUUCAGUCGGGAUCCGUCUUCCCCUCGUCCACGUCCUCCUUUCAGCUGCCAUUGAGCUCCCCAGGGUUUCCCUCGAUGCAGGGCAUCGAGCUACCCUCCACGUCCUCCGCAUCCAUCGCAGCAGGAGCUGUUGCCGACCUGACCCCCGUUAAGCGUAAGAAGCACAAACAUUCCAAGUCCUCGGGCAGCGACAGUCGAAAGUCCGCCCGCUGCAGCAAGAAGAGCAAAAAGAAGCGGCGCCACAGCAGCAGUCGCCAGGAGAGGCAGCUGUCCGCGGACGAGGAUGUGGACCUGCAGGACGAGCAACUGCAGGCGGAGCUGCGCAGCGCCCUCGGGUCUAUUGAUCCCAGCUAUGCGCAGCGCUUCGGCCAGGAGGUAUUCAGCAUAAUGGAUAAUAAUAUGCGGAUGCAGUUGGCUGCCAUCACGCGACAGUACCGUAAAAAGAAACGCAAGCUGGAUGAGAUUUCGAAGCACAAGAAGAAGAAGAAGUGCUCCAAGCAGCAGCAGCAACUACAACUUCAACUGGCGGUAGUGCAGCCACCGGUGCACCCAGCCCCGACGCUCCAACAACCGCAAUUGACGCUCGGAUCCACAUUGUCCAGCGUUCUUGGGACCUCAUCUCCGCUGCGCGACUACAAGUUUCCCAAGUUCUCGAGCAGUAAUCUUCAGGCUUCCAGCUUCUUGCGCUUUCCGGAGAAGACGCAUUCGUUUCCCCCACCACCGUCCCAGCAGCAGCCCACGUCUGAGCCCAAUUCCUUGCCAAUCAGCAGCAGCUCGCCCAGUACCUCGUCGUUCGUCCUCGAGCCCAGUGCCCUGGAUGCAGCUGCAUCUAAUGCGCCAACUACCUCCUCUCUAACCACCCCAUCAACGUCUGGUUCUCCGUCGUCAAAACAGGCGGGCUCUGCAACGCGCAAACAGCGAAAGCUGAAGGCCAGUGCCGCUGGCAUUGGAUCUGGAGAGCAGCCGACAUCCGCUCCGGAGGCGAAAAGGCGGGUUUGCGGUAUCGAUAGAGAGCUACAGCUGACAAGCGAGCACCUGUAUCGGGACGAGACCCGUGUCCUAACCGACAUGGGUGGCUUGUUCUAUGCUGGUGUGAUGAAACCACUGCGACCUCCAGACGUAUACUCCAUAACGCUGGAUGGAGAGAGAGGCAAUAAGUCGCAUGUGAUGUCGCGUGAGGAUAUACUCAAGGAUACGAUUCUCGAAGUGGCGCCCAAGAGCGUAGAUAGUGUUCCUGUCGGCACGCGGUUAUGUGCCUAUUGGAGUCAGCAAUACCGCUGCCUCUAUCCGGGACGUGCUAUUGAGUCGGAGCAUACCGUGGAGGGAGCAGUCAGUUCGGGGAAUGCAGCCACAACAGCGCCAGACUUUGUGAGCGUGGAGUUCGAUGACGGCGACAGCGGCAGGAUCCGCUUACAGAACAUCCGUCUGCUGCUCAGCGAUUAUCCCAUAGCUGAGUACAACGAUAAUCCCCUCUACUCAGUAGGCAAGCAGAAGCGCGGGCCUCUGCGGAGCGGUGAGAGUGGCAUUGCCGGCUCCUCCCAGGAGCAAUUAAGUGUGCCCGGCUGCGAAGACUCGCACAGUCACCACAGCCUGGGCAUGAGCAGCGACAACACCACCUCGCUAGCCGCCACCAUGGAGCUGUUUACGCAGCGCAGCGAAAAGAAGCGCCUGAAAAAGAGCCUCAAGAAAAUGUCCAAGUCGCAGAAUGGAGCCAAUCUUGCCACAUCCAUCAAUGGUGGAACUGAUCCAGCUGUCAACGGCGAUGGCGUGGUUGCGGAGGAUGCAGCCCGCAAGCAUCACAAGCACAAGAAGCGCAAAAAGCACAAGAAGCACCACCGCAAGAAUGGCAGUGAGGAGCCGGAACAACAGGUGGCCCUGCCAGAUUUCCCAGCGGCAGCUCAGGAAAUUCCAGAGGCUCCUGCGGCAGAGUUGACUCCAGCCACAGUCCCGGCCACCAACCGCGUCAAGGUGGAGGUGAAAGUCAAAACAGAGCAGUUGGAUAUGGAGGAGGAAACCGCAUCCAAUCUGAUGUCGGAGAUAUCCGACGAGGCCAAGGGGGAGGAUCUGGUUGAACAUAACAACUCCAAGGGAAGCAGCAAAAUAGCUGCCUUCCUGCCGGAGCGACAGCUCUGGGGUUGGUGUGGCACCGCCUACAGGAAGGCGGGCGUCAAAGGACGUGCCAGAAAGCAAUUUUACAAAACAAUCAAAAGGGGAAAGGAAACUAUAACGGUCGGGGACAGUGCAGUAUUUCUGUCGACGGGCAGGCCAGAUCGUCCCUAUAUUGGGCGAAUUGAGUCCAUGUGGGAGACUACCACGGGUAACAAGGUGGUGCGAGUGGCGUGGUUUUACCAUCCGGAGGAGACGACCGGCUGUCCAAAGUUAAAAUAUCCGGGUGCUCUGUUCGAGUCGCCGCACGAGGAUGAGAACGAUGUCCAGACCAUUUCGCAUCGGUGCGAGGUGCUGCAGUUCGGCAGCUACUUUGACAAAUUCGGUGCCGAUUCGAAGCAAUAUCAAUCCAUAUACGAUAACAAUGAUACAUAUUAUUUAGCCGGGCACUAUAACCCAAGGUUACAAGUGCUAAAACUACAAGACGAUAUUCCAACUCUCGAAGAGCUGCAGGAUACAAAUACUACUACUACAACAACUACUACCGAGGAUUAAGCGGAAAGAGAAUAGGCGCGGUUAGGUAUAGUGCAUACAGAUCUAUAUAUAUACAAUAUAUAUACAUUAUACAUAUAUUUUACUAAACGAGAUCGGACGGAGCAGAUAUAUACCUAUAUGUAUACAAAUAUUAUUUCUAUAUAUUUUAAACGUAUUAUGUAUUUCGGAAACAACAUAAACAAAAUUUUAAUGUAAAAAAAAGGACAUGAAGCGUUAUAACGAGAGAGAGAAAAAGGAACUAAGCAACAACCACUAAAUUAAUGUGUAGUUACGUGAAGCGCAAGCAAUUUUAUGUGUAAUUUUGUAAAAAAGUAAAAACAAAAAAGAGAAAGAAAACUAAAAAUAUGCGCGUUGAUGACGACAAAGUUGAUUCACUCAAAGUUCAGCAAACUUUACAAAAGAAAUGUGUGCUUCUUAUAUCCCCUACUACCUUCAAACACAACACAAUACAAGACACAACCAAUCACCCAAAAUCAACACAGUCCAGAUAUUUAGAGCCCCAGCUAUAGAUACAGAUAAAGAUACAGAUCGGAUAGAUACGGAUACGAUGGGAUACACUUGUUACUGUACGUGUAUACCAGCAUGUUUCAGAUGAAAUUUAAAACGUGUUUUAAAGAUUUUAAGCAGGCAGAAUGCAGCAACUACUACUAUAAAUGUAACAAUUCAAUGUGAUAGCAAAACAAAACCAGAUGUUGAUGUGUACAGAGGACAGAAUAAGUAUAGAUGAUAAAUAAGAGAGAGAUCAAGAAAAUUGUGUGUGUUGAAUAUUUACAGCUCGUUUAUUCAAGAAGAACAGCAAAGUAUAAAUCAAACCUAUCUUUAAUUAUGUACAUCAAUAAACUUGCCGGAUAUAUUGAAA